AUGGCUAACCCCAUCACCCACUUCCUUUCGCGCAUUUUCAGGAGCAAGGAUUUGGUGACAUUAAAUGGGCUGGUGGCCCUGGGCACCACGGGGGGCCAGGAGCUCUUCUCCUUGUUGGCCUUCCAGUGCCCGUGCUCACCAGUUCGGAACUUCUGGUAUGGGUUAAUGGCCACCUUGGGGCCCGCCUUGUUGCUCUUCUUCAUCAGCAUCAUCCUCAACAACCAAACCAGGAACCUGGUGGACGGGUGCCGGUGCUUCAGGACCAAGAAAUGCCCAGGCAUCCUAUAUUCGAUCCUGGGCCGCGCAGCCGUGGCCCCCCUCACCUGGUUGGUCAUCUCCCUGCUGCGCGGGGACGCCUACGUCUGUGCAUUCAGCGAGUUUGUGGACCCGUCCUCGCUCACGGCUGAGAACGAGAGCUUCCCUCUCUCCCACGCCACGCAGAUCCUGGCCAGGUUCCCUUGCGGGGAGAGCCCUGACAACCUGUCCGGCUUCCGGGAGGAGGUGAGCCGCAGGCUCAAGUUUGAGUCUCAGCUAUUAGGGUGGCUGCUCAUCUGCACAGUGGCUGUGGUGGUGUUCCUGAUCAAGUGCCUCAAGGCCUGCUGCUCGAUGCUCGGCUACCACCAGGAGGACUACAGGGCCCGCUACCUCGAAAAUGAGGAGCAGCUCUUGCGACGCACGGCCGAGGCCCACUCGCUCGCACUGGCGGCCAACAAUGUGAAGCAGUUCUUCGGCUUCGUGGCGUUGGACGAGAGGGAAAAGGAGCUGAUGGCCAAGUUUCCAAAGCAAGGCACACAGUUGAUUUUACCGUGGGAAAAAAUCACUGGCAGUUCCCAGUACCAGGAGAUGCAGGGCAUGCCCCUCUACAGCCUCCUGCACAAGUGGGCCAACAGGCAGUUUCUCAUCGACAAGGAUUUCAAUAUGACCCUACUUCCCCACCCUCAGCCCCAACUUGCUGACAGCCCAACCUCCGACCAUUGA